AUGGAGGAUGACUACAGAGUGUUAUACUUGGAGUUAAAGAUUGUUGAAAUAGAGAAAGAAUCACAAACUGGACUCUGGACUCUGCUUACCUUAACUGUCUUCUCUACUUCCUCUGAAACCACAUCUGACAAACCCAAUCUGGCUGAGAUUGAGAAAUUCAAUAAGCCAAAAUUGAAGGCAGAGAUGGAAGAGACAAAUCCACUGUUCUGCAAAGAAACAGUUGAACUGGAAAAGCGAACACAGGAAUCCUAG